GGGAGAGCGAAAACGGGAGGGCGAGGGGGAAGACAGCGGCGAGCGAGCGGUCACUGCCGACACUUCCGAGCUCUGUCGACUGUUGUAUUCGUAUUUUGUUACUGGUCUAUUAGUGGCGAUCCUUCAACAGCGAUGUCUGCUCGUGGUGGGAAAAAACGUUGCAAAUCCAUUUCCAAAUCAACGAAGGCCGGGGUGCUUUUCCCAGUUGGUAGGAUGCGCCGGUAUCUACGGAAAGGAACUCACCAUUUUCGUAUCGGUGCCGGGGCCCCUGUUUACAUGGCUGCUGUGAUAGAGUACCUAACCGCCGAGAUACUAGAAUUAGCGGGCAAUGCUGCGAGAGACAACAAGAAGGGUCGUGUGACCCCCCGGCACAUACUGCUCGCAAUUGCAAACGACGACGAACUUCACCAGCUCCUGAAAGGUGUGACGAUUGCGUCGGGCGGCGUUCUUCCCAGAAUCCUCCCUGAGCUCCUGGCCAGGAAGAAGGGGGGCAAAUUCAUCAUGCCUUCUCCAAAGCACCAACCUUCAUCUACAACCACCUAUGUUCCACCCAAGUCACCACCUAAAAAGAAUCCUCAGCCGAAGAAGGCAGCGCAAGCCAGUCCAGCAGCAAAGGAAAAACUGAAAGGAACCAAGGGAAAGGAACUACAGAGCGGCGCAAGUGAACAGAUGCACUCCAGCAUCACAGUGCUCUCGGAGAAGAAGCUCUUCUUGGGGCAGAAGCUGACAGUGAUUCAAGGGGACAUAGUGAAUGUAACUGCAGACGCAUUAAUUCAUCCGACAAACACGACGCUCUCCUUGUCUGGUGAAGUGGGGCAAGCCUUGGAGAAAUCUGGUGGAAAAGAAUUUGUACAAGAAGUGAAAGACCUGCUGGCAUCUAAUGGCCCACUUGAAAGUGCGGGAGCUGCCAUUUGUCCUGGGCACAACUUUCCUGCCAAAUUCGUGGUUCACUGUAACAUCCCAUCCAACAACGUUGCCAAUGUGGGCGAACUCCUGGAGAAGAGCGUUCGAAACUGCCUUACCCUCGCGGACGAGAAAAAUAUACGUGCUCUAGCGGUUCCUGCUCUGGGGACGCACAGUACGGGGUUUACAAAGCAGCAAGCAGCUCAAGUCAUUCUGAAAGCCAUCUCCAACUACUUUGUCAACAUCAUGUCCAGUUCACUGAAGCAGAUCUACUUUGUACUCUCGGACAUGGAAAGCAUUGGAAUCUACACGAGCGAACUAGCCAAGCUGGACUCUUAAGACAUUAACCUUCCAUCGCUUCGAAAGACUGCAUUUAAACAACUCUGUCAUUUGUCACAGUCACCCUCGUUUCUUGAAGCCCCCCCUCCCCCGAGAUAAUGGAGCAGACCUGGUGAUACUGACAUACCAUCAUUUUUUUACGCGUACAACGUAUUGCCUGUGACAUUUUUUGCAUACAUUUGAAUGUUAUACCACCACGGUAGUUACGGUGUACCCUUUACAUGUGUCACAUUUUUGUAGUUUGCGGAAAAGUGCAAUGUAUCGUGAUAUGCUAUUUCAUAUCGGUGCAUGUUGUCGUCUGGCCAGUGUUGUGCGAAAGUGGGGAAAGUCCCUUAAGCUUAUUGUUUCUUGUUAUCCCUUUGUGUUGAAAGUAUGUUGAGAAACAACACUGUCACCAACAUCAAAACGUGUUUUUGUUUGUUAAAUUUGGUAAUGGAUUGUUGUUUGAAUGCACGGCGUUUGUGCAUUUAAUGCACCGUGGCAGUGAGUGGAAUGUAGCUAAGAAAACAUAAUUAUUUCACAUUAUUUGCACGUAUUUGUAUUUAUUUACCUUUGUUGGAGAAGGAGAUACUCUUGAGAAAGUCUGUGAGGCUUCAAACUUGUUGAUAAUUUUUAUUAAUAAUCUAGCAGGGAAAAAACCUGUUCUACUUGGCUCAAAUUUCCAUUGUAGUUUUUCAUGUGGUGUGCAUUUUUUUAUCUUAAUUUGUUGUCUGUACUGAUUUUCUUCUUGUUAAUGCUGAGCUGAAAUUUGAAAAUUGGAAAAGUCAUCCACGUUAUUGAAUCAUGAAAAGUAAGCCAGGACAUUCAAAAUUGUCCGUGCAAAAGAGCCGUGUGUAGAUAUUAGGUCCCACUAUAGACUGAGACUCUUUGAUGGUCAUUAUCCUAAGUAGCGUUGAUUUUCUGAACGGAGGAUUAUGAUAUGGAAUGGCAGUAUAUUGCACAAACAUUGAGAAAACUGCUGCACAUUUACAAGUAUUCAGUGGUGUAGCAAGUGCACAUCCAAGAGAUGAUAUUUGGAGGAAAGUAUAUUUAUUCACCAUUUGCCUGUGUUCUGCUGGUUUGGCUUAUUUUAUUUACUUUUUGAAGGAAAGUGCUUUGGGACUUCAUAUAGUGGUCAGAAGGUGCAUUUCCCACAGUUUUAGUUUGUUUGUUUCCAAGUCAGGUUAUUUAUCGAGUGUGGCAAACAUUUACAUUUUUAUUAAUUGUAGAAUUUUGGGCGGUCUUUGGAGGUAUGGGAUGGCGCUCAUGAGGUGCGAAUCAUGAUCUACUUCAACACGACUGGGUUAGUAAUUAUUAGACUCGUAUAUUUGACAUCGUUUGGCCUCAUCAAAUGUGUGCGUUGAGCCUGUAAGGUUGUGAGUUGGUGUACCCCUGCUGCCCCAAGCAUUUGUUACAGGCUUUUUUGUUAAUCUGCAACUGUGAUUGCUCUCAAGUCAAAUGGUUUACUCUAGACUUUUAAUUCUGUUGCUCAUGCUACAUUGGAAGCGCUAUGGAAGCAACAGAUUUAAUCGCUCAGACAAAUCCAGUUCAUUAGUUGUGAUCGGAGUAGUUUGAAUGUGGGACCAAAUGUUUUGUCUGUGUUACGUUACGCCUAGUCAUACGUGCAAUGUGAUGGAUUCUGAAAUAUAUGCGUGUUUCUCUCUACCUUG